AUCCCGAAAAUAAAAGAAAAAAAGGUAGAAUUUUGUAAUGAGAACUGAAAAUUAUAGGAUGAAAAGGUAACGUGGAUUGACUACCCAUAGCACCACAAUAGUCUAUGCACAUCUUUAAAAGGAUCUUUUACAACCGAAAAUAACAGAGGAGCUGAAAAAUGCUCUGCACAUCUUGUUCAUCAUUUCCUCAAAACCAGAGCCUGACUGCUACUUCUCCCCUCGUUUCCAUCCAAUCAACAAGAAAACCCAAAUCCAGUUCUCGAUAAACAAAAACAGUAACGAAGUCUUUGCGGGUUCUUUCUCAUAGGGAUUCAAGAACACAAGAAACGAUCUAGAUCUGCAAAAGAAGACGAGUUGUGGCUACUGAUGAGUUGUGUUCACAGAUUUAAUCGAUUGUCGGCAUUGGGUGAAUGAGAUGAAAGAGGAAGUUGCGAUUUUGGAGGAAAGACAACAAUGACUAGUGGGUCAUUGGGUCUAAGAUCAUCAAGCUAUGGGUCGUUAUUACAACAUCAACAACAAUCACAAAAUGGAGGAGUGUUCUUACAACAAAAACCCAAUUCAACACCACCAAUUGCUUCCAGGAAGACAUCGAAGAUGUUUGUUAAUAAAGACAAGGAGAAUAUGUUCAUGUGGAUCUUCAAAUCUGUUCACAGAAAGAAAGUCGGGAUGCUGUUCUUGUGUCUUGUGUCCAUCGCAGCUAUGUUGUGGGUAUUUUAUGUUGGCAAAGGUGAAGUUCCACAAGAAGUUCAUAUCCAAAACUUAGAAUUCAAGAACGAUUCCAUCACAAGCUUUUCACCAGCGAGUGUUGAUGAAGAAAGAGUUCAAGCCAUUACUUUAAAUGACGACACAAAAAUUACAGCAUCCCCACCACCACCACCACCACCACCACCACCUCCUCCUCCUCCACCACCACCACCUCCGCCACCUGCUUAUUUCACCGGAUACACCCUUCCUCCUGACCAUCCUUGUGAAACCUUCACAAUGCCACCUCCACCAGCAGACAAGAAAAGAACAGGCCCACGUCCUUGUCCAGUUUGCUACCUUCCUGUGGAAGAAGCCAUUGCGUUAAUGCCAAAAGCUCCAUCAUUUUCCCCAAUUCUUCAAAAUCUAAAUUACAUCCAUGAAGAAAAUCUAACCAGAACUGAAUUUGGAGGAUCCGAUUUUGGUGGGUAUCCUUCUUUGAAGCAAAGAUUCGAAUCUUAUGACAUAAAAGAGUCGAUGAAUGUUCAUUGCGGAUUUGUGAGAGGAGAUAAACCAGGGCGCCAAACAGGGUUUGAUAUUGAUGAUUCGGAUCUUUUUGAGAUGGAUCAAUGUAGGGAUGUGGUGGUUGCAUCAGCCAUAUUUGGUGCUUAUGAUUUGAUUCAACAACCAAAGAACAUGAGUGAAACUGCAAAGAAAAAUGUUUGCUUUUUCAUGUUUGUUGAUGAGGAAACUGCAAGUUUUUUGAGAAAUUCGAGUGAUCUUGAUGAUAGCAAGAGGAUUGGGUUAUGGAGAAUUGUUGUUGUACACAAUCUACCAUAUACUGAUCCAAGACGCAAUGGGAAGGUUCCAAAGCUUCUACUACAUAGGCUUUUCCCAAAUGUUCGUUAUUCUCUUUGGGUGGAUGGGAAACUUGAGCUUGUUGUGGAUCCUUAUCAAAUUCUUGAAAGGUUCUUGUGGAGGAAAAACGCUAGUUUUGCAAUAUCUCGACAUUACAAACGGUUUGAUGUGUUUGUAGAAGCAGAAGCUAAUAAAGCAGCUUCAAAAUAUGACAAUGCCUCAAUUGAUUUCCAGAUCAACUUUUAUAAAACUGAGGGUUUAACUCCAUACUCAGAGGCAAAACUUCCUAUUAGAAGUGAUGUUCCUGAAGGAUGCGUGGUGAUAAGAGAGCAUAUUCCUAUCUCAAACCUUUUUACUUGUCUUUGGUUCAAUGAAGUUGAUCGGUUUACUUCAAGAGAUCAGAUUAGCUUCUCAACAGUGAGAGACAAGAUCAUGUCAAAGACAAAUUGGACAGUUCAUAUGUUUUGGGAUUGUCAAAGGCGAAAUUUUGUAGUUCAGGGAUACCACCGCGAUAUUCUUGAGCACUGGCCGCCGCCGCCGCCACCGCCACUACCGCAGCCUCCUCCAGGUGCACUCACUGUUUUUAUGCCGCCACCCUCCACCCCGAUUGAUGAAACACCAAAUAUUUCUGCCUUAGAAACAUCGAUGGAACAUAUUGUAAGUAAUCCCACAAAGAUCCCGCCAGUUAGGCGCCGGAGAGACAGGAGAUUCAAUUCAAGGCGGCACCGGAAAGUUGUUGCCGGAACAAACCAAAAGUAAAAGGAUUUUUAUACGGAAAAGAAGCCAUUAGUUAUUUCCUUCCCUCAUUUUUGGGUUAGGACAAUUUGUGCAAGAUGAGUAUUUUUUAUCGGCUUUCGUCAUUAUAUACGUGUUAGAUUUUACCAGAUUUACCAUUUUUUGUUGUAUAUAUACUUUUAAAAAAGAUGAUAAUUAUGAUGAUAAUGAUAAUGAAUUUUGUUGUGCGAA